CCGGCACUCGCGGUCAAACGUUGGCGCGAUCAGGCUGUGUCGAAUAACAAACCAUCGAAACUUUUUCAACGCGGUUGUGUGCUCCAUAUAUUUUAUCUGUGAUAAUCAUUUGUUUUAAUCAUGUGGCUCGCUGUGGUACUCACACUAUGUCUUCUUGCAAACGCAAACACAUACACUUCAAGGCAGCAACGACCAUAUUCAGCAGCCACAGAAGCACAGAUCCGAUUCGCCAUCGAGAACAAUUACGACGACACCGGGCCGGGGGCCAAGGGGCAGGAAUACGCGUACAAAACAUAUAAGACCCUGGAAGACGCCCUCGUUUCCUACCUCGACGACCCAGACACUAAACUGCCGGAUCACGAGAGAGAAAAGGCAUUGAAUAUUCUCGAACUUCAAAACCAGGGUGGCUACAGCAACCCUACGAUACGACCCUUCCCGAACACAGUAGAGGAAUACAACGCAUACGCGAAACAAACUAUUCCACCCGUAGUCCGACUAAAUAUACCAAACAAGCAGGCUUUCCAGCAUCCUACUUCCAAUUACGGGUUCUUGAACUUGAAAGACUUCCAACAGAACGCCUUGCUACAUGGCUCCCAGCAAACCAGAGUGAACGACGGGUACAGUUAUCAGAAAAUACAAGCAGCUAAAAGCAAUCCAGUGAGCCUGGCGCAUUACACACGAGGCUUUACUGGGCAUGAGCAGCAGUCGACUGUCAACCAGCAGUUUGACCCUAAUCCCCACUACAGCUUCUCCUACGGUGUUCAUGAUAAGCAGACAGGCGACACGAAAUCGGCCCAGGAGACGCGCGCGGACGGCGUCGUGAGAGGCUUCUACUCCUUCAUCGACGCGGACGGCAAGCAGCGAACUGUUCACUACACAGCUGAUGAUAAGGAAGGCUUCAAGGCCAAAGUUCAGCUCACGGACAGAACCAACCUACAAUAGACACAGCUAGACUAGUAUAGGCUCUAAAAACUGAAUAGCACUGGACGGAAUGUCUCUAAUAAUCUCUGCUAAUAUUAUAAAGCUGAUAAGUUUUGUUUGGUUGGACGCACUAAUCUUCGAAACAACUGAUUGGAAUUAAGAAAUACUUGUUUGUUGUAGUCCAUUUAUCGAAAAACAGAAUGCGACAACCAAUCAUUGCAGUUUUACUGGAGUUCAUUAUCCUCAUUACUAAUUCAACUGAUGGACGCCCACUGCUGGAGAGGUCUUUUGUUGGGAGAUCCAAAAUCGACGGUCCGGGGCAGCUCUAGCGGCUCCCAGCGGCUUGAUGUCGUCUUUCUACCUCGUUGGGGGCCGACCUACGCUGCGUUUCGUCUUGUUCGCGAGUCGUCAUUCCAGCAUUUUAGGUCGCUGACGGCCAUCGUUUUUGACCGCUGAAGCUUAGAGCAGUUCGAUUCGUAUAAUUUCAUGGUACGAAUUUUAGCCCGUAUGGUUUCAGGUAAUAUCGUCAAGGUAAAUCAUAAAUGAAAGAACUAAAGCGAUGGCCAAGUAAACGCGUCCAACCUGCAUCGUUCGUGCAAAUCUGCGUCUCAUUUGCGACUUAUCACCAGACUUUCGCGUGUUGCACAACAUGUGAUUGUUUGUUAAUAAGCUUAAAUAUGGACGCGACUACUUCUUCUUCUUUUUCUGUUCCUCCUGUCCUGCCCGGGCCUGUCUUCGUACUUGGUUGGCCGGAACCGUCCGUUAUACGUGUGCCGCUAGUGCGGGUCCCGGCUGGAUCACAGCCAGCCGAGCUCACUCCUGAAGCUUAGCACCAGCCGAAUGCUUCAGGGAGAUACUCGAUCUCAUUCUUCUGACACUCCAUUUCAUUGGAGCAUUGAGACUUCUAAACGAACGCGCCGUGUCUUAGGUAGCCCCUCGCCCCCAACCUACAAGAGUACGUGUGUGGAGCUUAACACAGCCCUCCGCAACGACUGCUUUACUGUUUAGAGGCGGACUCCCUACAUUUAUGCCGUUGUUGCGACCCCAUAGCUUUCCGCUGGUGUCGUACGAAUCGACUAA